CGCAGCAUAGUGUCCCCUAAAACACUUGUGAUCGCUGAACUUCUUUCCACUUUGGUGUGUGGUGGGUCGACUGAAGGGCUUUAGAGCAGGAAAACAAAGACAUCUGACCCUCCACAAUGGCAGCGCUUCUCCUCCGGUCAUUAAGAAGCACAAAGACCCCCCUUCAGCUGGGUCGCAUGUGCUACUCCUCCUCCUCAGUGCCCACCACCAAGCUGUUCAUCGAUGGCAAGUUUGUUGAGUCCAGCACGUCCGAGUGGCUCGACAUCCACAACCCUGCCACUAAUGAAGUGGUGGGACGCGUUCCCAAAGCCACUCAGGAGGAGAUGCUGGCGGCCGUGGACUCCUGCUCCAGAGCGUUCUACUCCUGGUCCGAGACCUCCAUCCUCAGCAGGCAGCAGAUAUUCCUGCGCUACCAGCAGCUCAUCAAGGAUAACAUCAAAGAACUGGCUAAGCUGAUCACCCUGGAGCAGGGCAAGACUCUUGCUGAUGCAGAAGGAGACGUCUUUAGAGGACUGCAGGUGGUGGAGCACGCCUGCAGCAUUACGUCCCUCAUGCUGGGCGAGACCUUGCCCUCCAUCACCAAGGACAUGGACACCUACACCUACCGCCUGCCCAUCGGCGUGUGCGCCGGCAUCGCCCCGUUCAACUUCCCCGCCAUGAUCCCUCUCUGGAUGUUCCCCAUCGGAAUGGUGUGUGGCAACACCUACCUGAUGAAGCCCUCGGAGCGGGUCCCAGGAUGCACCAUGCUUUUGGCCAAGUUGCUCCAGGAUUCUGGCGCUCCAGAUGGCACGCUCAACAUCAUCCACGGGCAGCACGCAGCGGUGAAUUUCAUCUGCGACCAUCCAGCCAUCAAAGCCAUCAGCUUUGUGGGAUCCAACCAGGCCGGAGAGUACAUCUACGAGCGCGGCUCCAAGAACGGCAAGAGAGUGCAGUCCAACAUGGGUGCCAAGAACCAUGGCGUGGUGAUGCCCGACGCCAACAAAGAGAACACCAUCAACCAGCUGGUGGGCGCCGCCUUCGGAGCAGCUGGCCAGCGCUGCAUGGCGCUCUCCACCGCUAUUUUUGUCGGGGAGUCUCGCGAAUGGCUGCCGGAGCUGGUGGAGCGCUCCAGAUCUCUGCGUGUCAAUGCAGGAGAUCAACCCGGGGCCGACGUGGGUCCACUGAUCUCUCCCGAAGCCAAGGCCCGGGUGGAGUCUCUGAUCCAGACCGGAGUGGAUGAAGGGGCCAAGCUGCUGCUGGAUGGGAGAAAGGUUCACGUGAAAGGAUAUGAGAACGGGAACUUUGUGGGGCCCACCAUCAUCGGCAACGUUGCGCCCGACAUGACGUGUUACAAGGAGGAGAUCUUCGGCCCGGUGCUCGUCGUCCUCGAAGCGGACAGUCUGGACGAGGCCAUUUCUCUCAUCAACAAAAACCCCUACGGCAACGGCACCGCCAUCUUCACCACCAACGGCGCCACGGCACGCAAAUACACACACGAGGUGGACGUCGGCCAGAUCGGCGUGAACGUACCGAUCCCCGUUCCCCUCCCCAUGUUCUCCUUCACCGGCUCAAGAGGUUCAUUCAGGGGCGACACCAACUUUUACGGCAAACAGGGCAUCCAGUUCUACACUCAGAUCAAGACCGUCACGUCACAGUGGAAGGCCGAGGACGCCACCGUGACCAGCCCGGCCGUUACCAUGCCGACCAUGGGACGCUAAGUUCAGCGGAGCCUCCAUCCUUAUCUUCACUGACUUCUUACAUGCCUUAAUGAAGCACAAGGAGGUGUUGACAUGAAGGUUAUGUGUCAUUCUCACCGCUGAGAAAUGGGAUUAUUAGUGUAGGCUUGUCUAAACCCCCGAGCACUCCGGACUGAUGUUACACCGACACGCAACUCACUUCUCCUUUACCGGGAUAACUCUGUGAUUGGUGCUGGGAGCCUCUUAAUGGCUUUGUUGUGAGGUUUUUUUUUUUUUUUCUCUCUCUCCUUUGUACCCGUUAUUCUCCUGCUCAUUUCCUGUAUUGAUCCGGGGGAUCAUGAGUUAAUCAUGGUCAGUCAUUUCAUAAUCCACCAAAUGCUCCGGCAUCACAUUUCUGUAAAUCCUGUUGGGAGAAAAUGCAAAGAUCAGGGAUUUUGCCGCCGGGCAUCAUCAUCCAUUGUCUUCCACCAGCGUCGCUUGAGUUACUUACAGUCCUGUUUCUUGCAUAUUAAAUGAUACGUGAUCGGAAGGAAAGUUACCGGAACAUGGACACAACCAUGUUGUCACUCCACUGCAGCUAUAUUAGUUGGAUCUCUCUUCCUCUGAAUGUUUACUGUGUCCUGUUGUUAGAAGUGUGUACGUCUUAUGUGUCAAAUAGAAAUUCACAGUUUUGUAAUGUCCAUGGAUGGAAUACAAGUUGCUGUGUUUUACAUGUCAUGCACUCGACAUUUGAUAUUCUCGAUUGACCAUUUUAUUGAAAUUUAUGGGAUAGAAGUCUUUAGUUUCCCACAGUUACAGUAUAAGCUCCACGUGUUUUCAUUCGAGGUUUUGAGCUGCAUUCAACCUGAUCCUCUCGACACUCCUCUCAUUUCUUAGACGUACAGAAUAAGAGGAACAUUUGAGGCUGUUGCUUGAUGCUUGAAUAAAAACAUUGUGAUUUGA